AUGAAAGGCGCUCACUCCCUGGCUGCGCUGCUGCUCCUGAUCGCUGCUCAAAGCAGCUGGCAGAUCCCACUGCAGGAGACAGAGGACAUCUCCAGAUCAUUGAUAGAAGACACUUUGUUUAAUGAACCGGUGGAACUAACGAAUGUAAAGAGACAUUCCCAAGGCACUUUCACCAACGACUACAGCAAGUAUCUGGAGACGAGACGGGCGCAAGACUUUGUUCAGUGGCUGAUGAACUCCAAAAGAAACGGCAGUCCCUCACGCCGCCAUGCUGAAGGAACCUUCACCAGUGACGUCAGCUCCUACCUGCAAGACCAGGCCCUCAAGGAGUUCGUCUCUUGGCUGAAGACAGUACAAGGGAAAGCACAGUAG